CGGAAAGACUCUGACGCGAGCGACAGUGGAAAAGUUUUUCAUAGUUUUUUUUCUCGUUCCUUUCUCAAGAUCUCCUUGGCUUAGCUUGGCCUUAGCAGUCUUCUCCAAAAUUUGUAGUACGCGCCUAAGCCUAUACUAUUAAAGCGAAAAAUGGCGAUUUUCUCCCAGGCUUUCUUCCGGAUAACAAUUGAAGCUGCCGCUACGGCAAUUAGAAAAGAAGUUGCUAGGCUAGUCUGUUGACCAGGUAAUGCUACUGCAACGGAAGAAUCUAGAGCUGUACAAUAAAAGCGCACCAAGCAGGAUAGUGCCGACCGCGGCGGUCACGCCCACUGCCAAAGGUGACUGGCAAGCAGUGUUUCUGUCUUGCCCGCUUGCGCCUGUUGAAUCCAGGGCCUCGAUGAAGGUCAUGAAAAGACUUUACGAGACUAGUCAAUCAACCAGAAUAGAGCCUAGCUGGAGGACGAUGUCAUAGCGCCACGCGAGGCCAAGCAAGUAGGUUUCUCUCUGCUCACCUUCGCAGCUGGCGGAGACGCGAAGGCCCUUUGUCUUUGCUGCAAAGCUGUUCCACUCUGUCGCAACGGAGAUUCGAGUGAGGAGCUCGUCGUAUGACAUGUACGCAAUAGGAACGAGGACUUGAGGUGAGCUUACAUGGCCAGGAAACUUUUUGCCUGGUUUACCACGGCCAACACCAUCACCGAGUCGGAGCCGACUCAGACGACCGAAGAGCCCAAGCGGCCCAACGCCAAGAAAAAUAACGUCACAUGCUUCAACUCGGGGUACCGCAAAGAUAAUGCGGAGGCAGCCAACAGUGCCAGGCCCUUCUGUAACCUGGUCACCGCUGCCGCUGGCGUGUUGUUGUCGCAAAGCCGCGACCUGCUGCUGCUCGCUGAGCGGGCGACGGUCGAACUUGAGGACGGGUUCCAUUUGAAAAAAGACCAUGGAUUUGCCCGGCGCCAAGCGUAUCUGGGUGGUUUGUAG